UUGAAUGACAAGUGGUUGCGACUCGCGAGGUAUCGUGCGAAUUCCACAACUUAAAAUUAGAAACAAACGGAUAUUUUAUGAGGAAGUUCAGUGUUUUGUUUCGUUAAAUGUCGUGACAGUGAAUAAAAAUGCAGUUUUAUAAGGACAGGAUUCUUAACGCUGCACAGUUAAAAAGACUCAGUGAACACAAGUAUUCUUGUACGAGCGCCAGUAUACUCGAUGCCUGGCUUCAACCAUGGUGGUGCUGGCUGGUUUCUAAAACGCCGUUAUGGCUCGCACCGAAUCUCAUUACAAUAUUAGGUCUAAUAAUAAAUAUAGUCACAACACUAAUUCUGGUGUGGUACAGUCCAGACGCCAGACAGGACCCACCAAGAUGGGCCUGUGCAGUGUGCGCCCUAGGUGUUUUCGUCUAUCAGAGCUUAGAUGCUAUCGACGGCAAGCAGGCUCGGAGGACAGGCAGCCAGUCACCUCUGGGAGAGCUGUUUGACCAUGGCUGCGACAGUAUAUCCACUGUGUUCAUAGCACUCGGAGCUUGUAUAGCUGUUAAAUUGGGAGAAUACCCCACUUGGAUGUUCUUUCAGUGUUUCUGCGCAAUGACGCUAUUCUACUGCGCGCACUGGCAGGCCUACGUCACGGGCACGCUCAAGAUGGGCCGCAUUGACGUCACGGAGGCGCAGUACGCGAUCAUACUCAUACACCUCAUCUCCGCCACCCUCGGCCCGGAGGCCUGGGCCUAUCAGCUUCCGACCAUAAACAUCAGCGUAAACCUGCUGUCCAAUUACGCCGUCGUCCUGAUGACAGUUUUCCUGGUCUUCGGAUACGUUAAGGUCAUAAUGCGCGGCGGAGUUGGGAAAAACGGCUCCACGGUCGCAGGCACGAGCAUACUGUCCCCGGUGAUCCCGUUCUCGUUCGUGGUAGUGCCGGCCUUCAUCAUCUUCCAGAAGAGCGAGUCUCACGUGUACGAGAACCACCCGGCGCUGUACAUACUGGCGUUCGGGAUGGUCGCCGCUAAAGUCACUAAUCGGCUCGUGGUGGCGCAUAUGACAAAGAGCGAGAUGGAGUACUACGACUGGUCGAUGCUGGGCCCGGCGAUGUUGUUCCUCAACCAGUACUUCAACAACGCGCUACCAGAGUACUAUGUGCUCUGGCUAUGUACCGUGUGGGUGUGCAUCGAGCUGGUGCGGUACUGCGGGCAGAUCUGCCUGGAGAUCUGCGAGCACCUGCACAUCCAGCUGUUCCGCAUCAGCGCGCCGCGCGCCAAGCCCGCCGCCGCUAACGUGACGAGUGACAGCGAAAAAUCAGAGAGCGAAGACACUGCCCCGUUAAUAAAUAAUAACAGUAUUAGUUAGUUAUUCGUAAAUGUUUUAUUUAAUUUAAUUGGUUCAAUGUAAGAAAGAUUUUACAUUCUUGCUAAGAUUAUUUUUCCAUUAAUAUUAAAUAUUGUUGUGUGUUCCUUCUAGAUUGGCCAGCAUUGUAACUUAUGUACUUGAUAAUUCGUACUUGUCUUUCGUAACAAAUAAAGCUUUCCCUUUCUCUAGUUAUAAAUGCUGUCAAUAUAUAUUUAAUUAUAUGAGAAUAUGUUAAAAAGUAGAAUUAAAACUUCAAAAUAACUGUGAGGAUAGCAAGAAUGUAAAGUGUUCUAAAAUGUAGUUAAAUACAGAAAUAUCAUACACAUUAACUUUUGGUUACCAUACCUAUAUGUUCAAUAAAUUGCAGUUAUAAUAAUGAAAAACUUUCUAAGUCAGAAAUAAUAUAUUCUACUAAGUUUAUAAUAUUAAUCAAUCAGAAAUCAAAUUAAGUAUGAAUUUUAACUUAUUUUUCUUAGACAAAUCUCGAAAUAUUUGCAAUUUGCAUCAUAAUUUUUAUAAGUUAAGAACUCACGAUGUCAUAAAAUAAACCAUAAAUUAAAAUAAAAGAUACUAUUGAUUGACCAAGAAAAGAUCGUGUACGUACAAAACAUUGACCUUUAAUUAUAAGUAAUUAACGUCCGAAAUAUAGCAGUAGCUGUAUUAUAUUAAAAUGUUCAGUGUAACUGACUUUUAUUUGCUUUAUGUAUGUGGUGCACUAGGCAUGGCGAUUUUGUUAAUAAAUACUCUGAAUAUA